AUAAUAUUAUAUAUAUUUAUAUAUAUGUAUCAGUCUAAAUAUGAUUUCUAUAAUGAUUAUAGGUUAUUUGUUCCAAAAAGAUAUCCAUUUUAUUUUGUAAAUUAUUUGAUAAAGUACAUAUUUGAAACCAAAUUACUAGUAAAUAACAAUCACUCAGCUCAACAAGAGCAUCUAAUUUUAGAAUUAUGCACAUAUUUAUUAUUUAAUUUUAAGUUUUCCUAAUCCACGUAUUUGUAUUAAAUACGAUUUUUUUUUCAAAUUCAGAUAAUUUCUCGAAUGAAAAAAAAUCAUAUAAUAUUGAAAAAUUCAUAUUAAAAUUUUAUUAUUUACUAAUAUAUUUUUAUCAUCGAUUAUAUUAAAGAAGGAUAUCAUGAUUACCAAGAGUGCUGGUUUCAAUUGAGGAUAGAUUGCUGUGUGAAAGAGGUGGCGUUGAAUGGAGUGCGGUUUCGGAGUGAAAAGGUUCACUUUGGAGGGAAAAUGCGGCCGUGAGAACCAUGCAUACCGAGAAGGAAGCAAGCACGCCGCGUCCUCGCUUCCUCCUCAAGACAUUCGAGACCACCCGCGUCCUGGACGCGGGCGGUCUCCAAUGUCUAUUUGUGGCAGUUGUCCGACACCGGCUGGCGUGCGCGCCCCUGAAAUAGGCAGGAGGCCAUGGAUGGUUCCAUGCCAUGAAGCAUUGAUUCCCGCAGGGAGGGAGGCCGGGCCUUCGAACCGCGAGCCCCCAGGGCCAACCAGAACGCCUGCCACAAGAUCUAUUAUUACCCCGAAGCCGACCGGGGCAGCCGGUCCCGCGUGCAUGGUGCGGGCCGCCAAGGCGAGUUUGAAGCCCUCAAGCCCUCUCGCCGUCCCCCCUCGCUACCUGCACUCCCUUGUGCGUCUUGGCGUUCGAAUUUCAAAAGUCCGUUCAAAGCCCCGAUCCGGCGCCUCCCUCUUCCUUCGACGGUCUGGGGCUUGCGCUUCCCCCCUUCCCUUCUCCUCUUGCGAGAGCUUUCAUGAACGAGCGAGGGGGGAGAGCGAGGGAGCCGCAGCCCCACGCUCGCGGUUCAAACGUUUUUGAAGUGCCUUCGGUCGGGGACUGCGAGCGGGCGGCUGCGGGCGGGGCUUAUCGUCAUGAUCGUUCGGCCCGGUGGGUGGGAAACUGGCUAAGCGCCAGAAGUAUAAAGGGCUGCAGCAGCCUCCAGUUCUCCAGUCGUUCUCUGCUGCUGUUCGAGUGUGGGUCGAGAAUCGUGGCCCAGAGCUCAGGUACGCGAUC